GGACAGUCCGACAGUGUAAAAAUGGUACAGUCCCGCGAAGAAAAGCAAACCCCUCGCCGCCGUCUCCUAGUUGGAGUCCGAUAUUGCUGGAGGUCGCCGCGUUCCAAAAUCCGUUAGGCAAUGGCGCCCCCUCUCCUCUCGCCGCCGGUGCUCGCCGACGCACUAGCGACGCCGCCACGGUCUUUCCCCUGCUCCCUCCCCACGCGGCGACUGCCUACCGUCGGGUUCGCCGGAGCCGUACGGAGCGACCUGCAGCAGAGCUGGAGUGCGCGGAGGAGGGAUCUCAGGGUCUGUGCCACUGCGACGGAAGCGGAUCAUGAAAGGGAGGAGGAUGUCGCCGACGAUUACUACUCCGUUCUGGGUGUGAUGCCAGACGCAACCCCUGAGGAAAUUAAGAAGGCAUACUACGGUUGCAUGAAAGAGUGCCACCCCGACCUUAGUGGGAACGACCCUGACGUGACUAAUUUCUGCAUGUUCAUUAACGAGGUUUACUCGGUGUUGAGUGAUCCUGCACAACGUGCAGUGUAUGAUGAGAUCCAUGGGUACACAGCAACAGCAAUCAACCCUUUCUUUGAUGACAGUGCACCCAAGGAUCAUGUGUUCGUUGAUGAGUUUACCUGCAUUGGAUGUAAAAACUGUGCCAAUAUCUGCCCUGGCGUCUUUGAGAUUGAGGAAGAUUUUGGGAGGUCAAGAGUCUACUCCCAGUCAGGUAGCACAGAGCUAAUUCAGGAUGCCAUUGAUAGUUGCCCAGUUGAUUGUAUUCACUGGACUUCUGCUGCACAACUGUCACUCCUCGAGAAUGAGAUGCGUAGAGUAGAGAGGGUGAAUGUUGGUUUGAUGCUUGCUGGUAUGGGAGCUUCAGUCGAUGUUUUCCGGAUGGCAAGUGCUCGCUGGGAAAAGAGGCAAGCAAAAGUCUUGGGAAAAGUCAGAACACGGAUGGUGAAACAAGAGAAUUCAGACACGAGAAGCUCUUGGAGUGACAUUUGGGGAUCCCCACCACAAGAUCAAAGCAACGAGGAGGAAGUAUCAGAGAGGGCCAAGAGAGCGGCAGCUGCAGCUAGACGGUGGCGAGAGUUCUCCAGACGAGGCGCAGACAGGCCUCCGACACACAAGCUCCCGGAGUCAGUGGGCAGCAAAGAUUAAUUAGUCCGUGGAACAGAGAAACAUCUGGCAUCAUUAAUUUGACCAUAUCUGGCAUAUUGGCUAAAAUGUACAGUGUCGUUGUUUGAUACGUACGGAGGAUUGCAGUGCCUUCCCAGAUUGCACUCGGCUCCAUUUGUAAACCUAAAUCUAGGUAAGUAGAUAUAGUGGUGCUGAUCAACCUGUAUAGAAGUCAAGCACCAAGUGUAGAACAUAGGUCAAACAUGUACGUAUUACAAAAUAAAACAAGUAUAUACACAUUAUUCGCCAUACCA